AUGGAUUCCAGAGAUCUUGUUGGGACAUGUUCUGCACAAGUUAGAAAAGUAGUUGUGGAAGUUUUGGAGCUAAUAAGUGAAGGACUUGGGCUCGGAACUGCAUAUUUUAGGGAUGAACUUUGCCAUAAUGUGACUCUCUCAGUUAAUCAUUACCCCCCUUGCUUGGACCCAAGUUUAACAUUAGGUGUACCUAAACAUUGUGAUCCAAACUUCAUAACCAUUUUACUUCAAGAAGAUCAUGUAAAUGGACUUCAAGUUUUCAAGGACGGGGAAUGGAUCAGUAUGGAGCCUAUUUCAGAUUCAUCAGCUACAAGUACAUCAGUAGAUUCAAUUAUCAGUAAUGGGAAGCUGAAAAGUGCUGAACAUCGGGCAGUUGCGAGUUCAAGCAAUUCCAGGACAUCUGCUGCAUUUUUCAUAGCGCCUUCAGACGAUUAUUCAUAUGAAUGGGAAGAUCAACAAUUAGUUGGUCUUGUUGGAAAUCAGGAUCAUCAUGGAUAG